AUGGUGGAAGUUAAUCCUAAUUCAGAAGAAGAUGCGAUGAAAAUAAUUUAUUUACAUCCCGGUGAUGUUCUUGGUGAGUGGACUGUUUUGGAUAAAAUUGGAGAAGGUGGAUUUGGCGCUGUUUAUUUGGUAAAGGACAGCAAAGGAAAUGAAUACGCUAUGAAGACUGAAAGUGUUAAUGCGAUCGCUAAAGUGUUGAAAGCGGAAUAUUACGUUUUGACAGAACUGAAAAAAGCAAAAGCGACACAUUUUUGUGAUAUUUUGGAUAGUGGUUUGGUUGGCGAAAAUAAAUAUGUGGUGAUGACAUUGGUUGGACAGUCUCUUACGGAUUUGAGAAAACAUGAUCCAACACAGAAAAUACAGAAAUUCACUAUGGGUUGUGCACUUUCAGUAGGUAUGAAAUGCUUGGAAGCAAUUGAAGAACUUCACAAUGUUGGAUAUUUGCAUCGUGAUAUCAAACCCGGUAACUUUGCAAUUGGUCGUAAAAACCUACGACAAAUUUAUUUACUCGACUUUGGUAUGUGUCGUAAAUAUCUGAACAAUCAUUUAUCCAUACGUAAUCCACGAAGAUCUGCUGGUUUCCGUGGCACUGUCAGAUAUGCGUCAAUAAGCAGUCAUAUAUCACGUGAGCAGUGUAGAAAAGAUGACCUGGAAAGUUGGAUGUAUCAACAACUAACGGUCGGUUAUUUGCCGUGGAAAAGCAUGGAAGACAAGGAUGAAGUGGGCCGAUGUAAACAACUUUGUCGCAAGGAUGAAUACAUCAAGGAAUUAUUUGGUGGUUGUCCGAGAGAAUACAUCACAAUUCUGAGACUUAUCGAUUCCAUUAGAUAUUAUGCAAAACCAGAAUACAGUAAAAUAGCAGAUUUAUUACGCGAUGCACUCCGAAACAACAAUGUAUCGGAAUACCCGUAUGACUGGGAGAAAUAUCUCGAACCAUCGAAAAGCACCGAAAGGAUUGAAAGUCACAAUUUUGUAAAUGCAUAA